ACAUUGCAAUUGAUUGUCACUGACUCUGAUGGAAAGAUUUUUAUUGUCAAAAUGUCAAAAAUAGUUCCGAAAAUUUAAUUCAUACUGUAUAUUUUAAAUCAUUUACAUUCAUUUUUUAAAGCAAUUGAGCGCAUUCCAAAUAUACAAGUCAGGUUAAACAAAUGCUCUGCUACAAUAAUUCGACGAAGCUAGUGUCUGGCGUGAUACGGACACUAAGCACAUCCUCAUCCCGAUGGAGCACUAGCAGUGCUAACCACUAUGAUGUACUCGGUAUCACUCCCAAAGCAACACAAGGCGACAUCAAAUCUGCGUAUUACAAAUUGUCAAAAAUGUACCAUCCAGAUAUAUCUAGCGAUGAAACUUCAGCCAAAAAAUUUAGAGCAAUUUCUGAAGCAUAUGAGGUGUUAGGAAACAUAAAAUUAAAAAAGAUGUAUGACAAAGGUCUUCUUGGAGGGAGGAUGCCCAGGGUGGAAUAUGAGCCAGAGCCCGAGCCCACAGAUCCCACACUGAAGUUCUACAAGUCUCGAGGUCAACGCAGAGCUGUGCCCACCAUGGACGGCAGACAACCUAUUUAUGACUUUGAUUCUUGGGCUAAGAACCACUAUGGAACUUUGUUUGAGAAGAGAAAGUAUGAAAAGGAAUUUCUUAAGAAGAAACGUGCAAAAGAUAUGGAUAUUGAUAUAUCAAAUAGACAAGAAGCUUUUCUCUAUUUUUUAGUUGGAAUGGCAAGUCUGUUUCUGUUUUUUGUUUCUCAAGGGACUACUGACUAUGACUUAGACAAAACUAGCGUAAAUAAUAAAGAUUUAAAAUCAACUGAAUGAAUAUAAUACUGUGUUGUCAUUAGUUUGGCAGCUGCUGUAUUUUCUUAGUAAAUUCACUGUUAGUAAAAUUGUUUGUAGAAUUAUGUUAGUAAAAUCUAUUUCAUUCAGAUAUACAUAUUUUUUUCAUAAUGUCUUGUAUAUAUUGUAUAUAAAUAAUUUAUGAAAACCAUGGUAGAUUGUAGAAUAAUGUGAUGCUCUAAUAAAAAUGUUGAACUACAAUCAAA